AUGGGCGUCAUUGAAAUCAAUUCCAAAGAGGAAUUUGAUGAAUUUCUUCAAUCCCACAAAACCGUUAUCGUUGAUGCCUCUGCAGUAUGGUGCGGUCCCUGCAAAGCGAUCAGCCCCUACUUCGAAAAGUACGCCGCCGAGAACGAGCACAUUAAGGACAAAGUUGCCUUCAUCAAAUUUGAUACCGACGAGAUCCCUGAUCUUGCGCAGGAGCUCAGGAUUCGCUCUAUACCCGCCUUUUUCGUGUUUGAAGAUGGUGAGCGCGCAGAGACCCUGUCUGGGGCCAAUCCACCUGCAUUGAUGAAGAUUGUGCAGAGCGCGGUUGAAAGGUUCAAUGGGGAUUGA